CAAAAUAGGCGCAGGCCUUUUCAGUCAUCACUGAAACAUAUAUAAUCCCGCUGGAUUUGUUUUUGCUUUCCUUAAGAAGGCUCGACACAAUUGAAUUAGCUCUGUGGUGAAUCUCCAAACAUAUGGAUAGAAAGCUGCUGCCGCUACGCGCAGACGCGCUCCAACCCGCGUCCUGUGGUGACACGCGAUCUGCGGUUUUCCUCAUACAAAUUGUGGCGUGUUCGUGUUAACAUUGGCACUUGUCUGUGAGAUCUUGUACACCGGCGGCGUUUUUCGCUUUGGGUGGUUUGAAAGGCGUGUCCGCGAGGCCUACGUAUAUAAAAGUAAUGCGAUCGGCUUCGGCCUUCUUAACGGGGAGACGGUUCAAGUCCAGCCACUCAUUCAGUACUAUCAGCAGUCUGAGCGGCACGGACAGCGGCUCUGCAAUAUGGCCACACACUUCCACGAACAAGUGGUGUUCAACAAACCAAAGGUGGAGCUGCAUGUGCAUCUCGAUGGCGCCAUCAGAGUGUCGACCAUACUUGAGGUCGCCAAGAGACGGGGCAUCCGUCUUCCUGCAGAUACCGAAGAGGAGAUGACACAGAUCAUUAUCGUUCAAAAGCCAGCCACCCUCACGGAGUUCCUUGGCAAGUUCGCAGAGUACAUGCACGUUAUUGCUGGCGACAGGGAGGCCAUCAAGAGGAUAGCCUAUGAGUUUGUGGAGGACAAAGCCAAGGAGGGAGUGAUUUAUGUCGAGGUCAGAUACAGUCCGCACCUCCUGGCCAACACUCAAGUGGAACCGAUCCCAUGGGACCAGAAAGAGGGUGACUUGAGCCCAGAUGAGGUGGUGCACCUGGUGAACGAGGGCCUGAGAGAAGGGGAGAUGGCCUUCCAUAUCAAAGCCAGGUCCAUUCUAUGCUGCAUGCGCCACAUGCCAAGCUGGUCCAUGGAAGUAGUAGAGCUGUGUAAAAAGUACCGAAAGGAGGGCGUAGUGGCCAUUGACUUGGCAGGUGAUGAGUCCCUCAACUGUGAAGCCUACCCAGGGCAUAGGAAAGCCUAUGAGGAAGCAGUGCAUUGUGGGAUCCACAGAACAGUUCAUGCAGGAGAAGUGGGUCCAGCCUCCGUGGUGAAAGAGGCUGUCGAGGUUUUGAAAGCGGAACGUGUUGGACAUGGAUACAGAACCCUGGAGGACCAAGAACUGUACAAAAAACUACUCUCCCAGAACAUGCACUUUGAGGUGUGUCCCAUAUCCAGUAAACUAACCGGGGCCUGUGAUCCAGACUUUACCAAGCAUCCUGUCAUCACGUUCAGGAGAGAUAAGGCGAACUAUUCCCUAAACACCGAUGACCCGUUGAUCUUCAACUCUUCCCUGCACCUAGACUACCGCACCGCUCAGGAGCACAUGGGGUUCACAGAGGAGGAAUUCAAAAGACUGAAUAUCUGUUCAGCUCAAUCCUGUUUUUUGCCUGAUGGGGAGAAGGAUGACCUCCUUGACAAACUGUAUGAGGCCUAUGAGAUGAAACUGACAACUGCCUUUUGAGGGGAGCACUGAAGUGAAGAGGAAGUGGCUUUGAGCGACAAACCAAAGCAAACCCAGGGAAAAAUCAUUUUACAAACGUACCUCGCCCCCGGCGUUAGUGCUGCAUGAUUUGGUGAAAAGGUCAUAUUGCGAUUAUUGUGGACAAUAUUUGCGAUAUAAUAAACAAAUUUAUACACAUACCAAUAAUACAAAUUUGUCGUGUUGCCACGACAUGGAGCAACUUUGUGCAUGUUUUACACAGUACCUCUUUCUGCUCAAUAUCGCUGAGCCUGAAUCCAAAAUAUCGCCAUAUAACAGAUAGCUUUUUUUUUCUUUUUUUUUUUGCCACCAGUUCAUCAGCGUUAACCCGCUUGUUGUCAUCGGUAUUCAUUUUGUCCUUCUUUCCGGUCUGCACGCAGCAAACCGGACAGUCAUGUAACGCUUCACUGCCUAAACAGAGACUGAUUGCUCAUCUCUUAAUUAUGGGCGUAGAUAUGCAGACUGCACACAAACAGACGUUCAUACACACUCAUUUUAUUAUUUCAUUAAAUCGCAGCCUUUUGCAGUUAUGUACUUGCACAGGCUGACAUCGCGAUUACGAUGAGAUUGAUAUUAAUCGUGCAGCACUACCCGACAUCCUCUGUCACGUUCCUCUGCCUGCACCCAACGGUAAACGUUUUAGCCACUAUGUAUUGUGUAUCACAUAGCUUCUAUUAUCAAUACAGCCCAUAUCACCUAUAUGUUCAUGAUCCACUGUGUUUUCAUGAACACUGCGUUGUCAGUAUUUCAUGCAAACGCCGGUAUUCCUUUGCUCCUUCUUUAGUUUACCUUUAAGUUUGCAGACAUUUCUCUUAAGUCUUCCAGAUGUCUCAAAGCAAGGAUGAAUUUGUGAUCUGCAAGAUACAAAACUGUUGGACAGCAUAAACACUCUUGUGAAACCUUCUUUGGGAGGCAUCGUAGUCAACGCUCAGAAUACAUUCCUCAUUGUUUGUUUACAGCUUGUUGUCGGGACAAAGAAAACCAUCAAACAAAUCCAACUACAUAGUACUUAAUGUGAUUUUUGUACAGAAAUGUCAAGAGUUUUAACAUUUUUGUUGGUUAGACCAGGUUAUUUGUUAUUUAUCAUUGCCAUAGUUAAAACGAUAUUAUUUUUCAAGUUGACAAGAGAAUGUAACAAGCUACUAUGAUCAACCAUGUGGGUGGCGCAGUUGUGGUGGAAAAAAAAGGUGUGUUGAUGGAUACAUGAUGGAGCAGGAGGCAAACUUAACUUAAAUGCAUGUGGGGGGGAAAGCAUUUUCGGUUGUGAAUCUCGUGGUUGUCCAAAGGGUCAUCAUGGAGAAUCCAACACCAUUUCUAUCAAAAUCCUUCAGGUAAAACAGCUCAAUACCAAAUAUAUGCCUACUUUUGAACACUGGAUGGCAUACUGGUGCUUAAAUGGGCAAAAAAAAAACAAA